UUGUCAGUAAUGGCACCUCACUCUAAAAUAAAAAUAAAGCGAAGCAUAUAUAACUUAUUUACAAAAAAAUAUGGUCUUCACGUACAGACAGACGCGGCCAAAUACCUCGAGAGUUUAUUAGAGUCUGAACCCGAUCUACCAGAGGCGAUCGAGAAGAUCAUAAAAGCAUAUAGAAAGCGUUAUAGCGAUGAAAGACAGGUUAUUGUAGACGAAGCCACCAUACGAGAAGUCAUUUCUUCAAUACGACACUCUGCAGCAGUGGCAGCUUCCUUGACACCUUUUCAGCGAGAAGACGAAGCUAUCAAUGAUUCAUUACAAGAAAUGACAAUUGAUGAACCCCCAGAACAAGCAGUCAAUGUAGCGCAGCAUUUUCAUGUUGUAAGUGCAUUUGAUUUACCUCGAUUUAAAUACGACGAACAAACAAGAACAUUUAUCAAAAACCAUGAAAAACCUUCGUUAUUACCAGAGGCAAGUGAAAAAGGUGAUAUGUAUAGAGAACGGUACAAGCUAGUAAAGCAAAGAUUGCUAAGAAAUGAUCUAUUUUGCCCUACUGCAAUGAGUGGUGCUAAUGAAAAAGAGUUUAUCAAGAUUACUCCUAUUAAAUCAUUGAUUGGUCAUGAUGAAGAAGAAUUUGUAUUGUUUGGGAUGUUGACACAAAUGGAAGAAGGAAAGAUACACUUGGAAGAUGAGGAUGCAUAUAUAGAAUUAGUGGUGAACAAUGCUGAAUAUGAUUACGGUCUGUUUACAGAUGGAUCUUUUUUGCUUAUUGAAGGACAAUAUGGUAUUGAUCACAAAUUUCAUGUCAAAAAUAUCUAUUUACCGCCUGCUGAAUCUCGAGAAAUGACAGAUCAUAUAUUUGGACAUCUUGAUUUCUUAGGACUACCAAAAUCACUAGUAGAUGAAAAACUAUUGAAAGAAGAAGAAGAUAGAGCAGAUAAUGUAUUUUUUGUCAUUGUAUCCGAUGUACAUCUAGAUCAACCCAAGGUCAUGCAAUCUUUGAGGCGUAUAUUUGAAGGUUAUUCAAGUGGCCAGAUUCCAUUGGCAUUUAUUAUGAUGGGCAAUUUCUCAAGUAAACCCUUUGUCUAUGCUGGAUCAGAAUCAGAUGAAUACAAGGAUAAUUUCUCAGCAUUGGCUGACUUGAUUAGUGAAUUUGAUGAAUUAUCAACACAUACCAAUUUUGUGUUUGUGCCUGGACCAAAAGACCCUUGGGCUGGUAAAUCAUUACCACAAAGACCCAUUUUACCAAGCUUUGUUACACGUAUGAAACAAAAAGUAAGAAAAGCCCAUUUCACUACAAAUCCAUGUCGAAUUCGAUAUUGUACACAAGAUAUUGUGGUUUUUAGAGAAGAUUGGUUACAAAAGAUGUGGAGAAAUGCAUUGUUACCAGUGAAUUUAGCAGAAGAUUCUCAACUUAAUCGACAUUUUAUACGUUCCAUUGUGGAUCAAGGGCAUCUAAGUCCCUUACCUUUAUCUGUAAAGCCAAUUUCUUGGUCAUUUGAUAAUGCAUUACGACUAUUUCCUUUACCUCAUGCACUCAUCAUAGCGGAUAAAUGUGAAAACUAUGGUAUUACUUAUGAAGGUACUCACUGUAUAAAUCCUGGUAGUUUCCCAACUUCUGAUUUUACUUGGAGUAACUACUAUCCUCAUUCACGCAUAUCUGAAAGAAGACAAUUACAACCUUAGAUUUCUUUUUUAAAAAAAAGCUUGUCACCAAUAAAAUCAGUUGGUUU